CAUCCUUGCUUGUUUACAUGUUCUAAAACGGGUAUGCAGCGAACAUUUGGGCUCCAAAAGCCUGCUCUUUAAACCUAAGGAACGGAGCCGGUGUUAGCAUAGACCGUAUGACGUAGACGUCCUAUCGAACGCUGGCCGCCGCCAUCUUUGUGGAGUCAACUCGGAGAGCCGAAAUGCCUCGUACGUGUGCAGCAUGGAAUUGUUCAAACCGUUUAGGUGUCCAAACCAAAUCACUAGGGAUAACCUUUCACAGGUUUCCAAAAGAUAGUGAUAGGAGGAGACUCUGGGAAGUCGCUGUGAGGAGGGAUGGGUUUUCUGCCAGUUCGUCUUCAGCGCUCUGCAGUGAGCAUUUCAAGCCUGAGGACUUUGACAGAACAGGUCAGACAGUGAGGAUCAGAGAUGGAGCUAUACCUUCAUUCUUCAGUUUCCCAGCUCACCUCAAAAAGCCUGUUUCUACCAGAACAACUGAGACCUCAAAGAAGGCUCAAAAGGUUCUGUCAGUGGACUGCUCACAACUUGUCCAAGAAACUGAUGAGCUCCUGCCUGUCAAUGUUGACCACUGCUAUGCUCUACCUUUGUCAUCUGAUGAUCUGAAGGCCAGACUCAUGGAUGCCUUGGAUAGGGUGGAGAGUCUGGAGAGAGACAAAAGAAAUGCAAUGGCUAGAGAAAGGAGGGCAAAGAACAAAGUGUGCAAUGUUCUAGAGGAACUUAGGAGGAAGUCACUCAUAAACGAUGACCUGAAAGACAAGCUUGACUCAUACUCUGAUCUUCCCAUAGACCUCCUGUCAAAAAACAGCCACGAGUUCAGCAAAGACCAGAAGGAGUUUGCCAUCACUCUCCACUUACACGGCCCAAAAGCUUACACCUAUUUAAGAAAGUCUCUCAAUAUCAACCUCCCACAUCCACAUACAUUACAAAGGUGGAUGGGUUCUGUGGAUGCAAAGCCUGGCCUCAACAUGAAUCUUGUACGUGUCGAAAAGAAAAAAAGAGCAAGAUCCAGCUAGAUAAUAAUAUAUGUGCCUACUGUUGGAUGCCAUGGCAAUUAAAAAACAUAUCCAAUAUAAUCCUCAAACCCACAAAAUGUCUAGAUAUGGGGGAUGGUGUAAAUGAGACUGAAAUUGCCACUGAGGCUCUUGUCUUCAUGGUGUUUGGCCUCCAUUGGAAGGCUCCAAUUGCGUACUUCCUGACCCAGUCCCUGCCCCAGAGACACAGGAGGUACUACUCAAGCUUGCAUUGGAGGACGUGCAUGGACGUGGCAUAACAGUGGUCUGUGUCACUAUGGAUGGGCAUGCCUCCAACGUAACCGACAAUCAUGUGAAUUUUGAUUCACAGAAGAUUAAAGUGUUGCUGGCUGCAUAGACCCUAAGUCGCUCUGUAGCAGUAGCUCUACAUACUCUGAGGGACCUUGGGUACUCACCGAUUCAACACUGACGCAACUGCUGAAGUCAUUGAGGUAAUAGUAACACCAGCAAUAUAAACACAAUACUAACCUAUAUAAAAACUACGGCAGUUUUUGAUUAUCAUAACCACAGGCACUGAGUUUUUGUUAAUACUUUCUUGUAGGUAAUUGACAGACCCUUUAACAUCUUGAACAGCCGCAACCGUCAUGCCAAAGGGUUCAAAGCCCCCUUGGGUUUAAUGAACUGAGCAGAAACGGUGCAAUUCUUGGUGAAAGGCGGGGACUACCUGAUGAGUCUGGUGAUGGCAAAGCCCUUCAUCAGUCAAAGAGGUUUUAGGAAAAGUUGGAGCUUGUUUCUGACAUCACGUUCAAAUGAUGUCCUGUUCUAGGCUGGGCGAUUUAAAUGACAUUAGUUACACACCAUAAAUUUGACUCAUUUCACUGCACUUUCAAGUUUGAAUUCUGACCAGAUAACUUUAGUGAUGUUGGGAGAAAAUUGUAAAGAUGACAAUAAGUGCUUUCACACAAUACUGCUCUUUGCUGAAGGGGAGAAAGCUACAGAAGAUCUUUAAGCCACAACCAACAGACUUAUAAUCUCAUUUUAUCACCCAGACUUAUUUUGUUCUAUUGUUCUGUAUCAUAAGUUCAGGUGAUGGUCUGUUCUCUGGUUCAGAUUUUUUUUUUCAGUUUUCUAUUUUUUUUUCUUAGACGUCUGUGCUUUCAGUUUUUGAAGCAUCAUAAUGGUAUGCAUAACAAUUUUGUUACGCUUUUGUUCCUUUUUGCUUUCACAUUUAUAAAUUGGUAUUGGUUUAUUUGUCAUGCAGGUUUACACACAGUCAACAAUACAAUGAAGUGCUUGGGAUAAGAAGAACCGCUUAACUCACUAUAAAAACAAAAGCACAAAUGGUGUGCAAUAAGAAAGAAUAAAUGUGAAAUCCAUUAAGUGCUGUCUUGAAGUAAUUUGUCUGUCAUGGUAACAUUGAAAAAACAAUUUCUUGUGAAGUUACCUCUCUGUCUUGGGAUUUAUCAUCAACAUUGACUCCCUGAUUUUAAUGAUUCUUGAACAGCUUCAGAGACAGCGGUACAUCUGCACCUAUCGCUUUAGCUCAGAUCGCUUGGAGCUGCUCUACAAUUCAAUCAGGGCAUCUGAUAGGGUUAGGGUUAACCCUAACCCUUUCAAUUUCUGUUUUUUCACUUUUGGUUUGUUUGUAAGCAUGUCACCCUGUUAACCUUGUUGCCAUUACAUCAUCAGAUAGACAUUUAUGUAUUACUUUAUUUAUUUCAUUGUUGUUUAAGUUAAGUCUAACUAUGUGAAAGUGUUUUUUCUCAAGGGGCUGGAACAAUAACCCUUCAGCAGACCAGUUCCAAGCCAUACACGGUCACAAUAUAUGGUAACAGCUGUAUAUUUCAAUAAUAAUCAGGAUGUUUGUGGUCAAAUGUUACUUUUUAUUAAUUAUAAUAAGUAAAGAGCCAACAGAAACAGUUUGGUUCAAUUAUUUGGUCUUUUACUAGAAGUUACAGUAGCUACGGUUGCAAGUUGUGAUAUCAGCUUUCAUAUUAUCUGACCGUCUGUAUUUAAUGUUACCUAUUAUGUCAGUGUAAACAAAAGCAAACAAACGUGUCAACACAAAACAACUACUCUAAUACGUUUUUAAUAAUAACAAUAAUAAUAAUACUGAUGUGCAUGUGCGCUGGUCCUGUUGCUCUCUUAUCAUGUGAGAGUUGAGUUUAGAAUUUUCUACGCAAGUCACCUUUUCAAAAAUAACGACGGGGCUUGCUCUGAUUUUUCUUUGCGUUUGUUUGCCCCACCCUCUUCGGCCUAGCUUAUGCACUCUUCUUUGAGGCCAAGAUACGGUGUAAGAAUGCAACGGCGUCUCCUAUGGUCACAACAUACAAUGAUCACAGAAUAUGGUGUAACAUCUGUUUGUAUUCAGACCAUAAGAGAACUGCACCAGAGUCCGUUUGGAAGCGGACCAAGACCACCUCAAAAAGUGGGUCUCAGUCCGGUCCGUCCGGACCAACGGGGGAAACGAACUCUAAUCCAUUUAAAGCGGACCAAAAGUGGCAUGUGUGAAUACACAAAAUAAUCAGCACUGCAUUAUAAUUGUUGUGUUUAAAACACAUUAACUCCAGGAACCUGAAUGCAACUGUACAUGAACCUCUCCUGUUUUUCAGUAAUUUGUUUAUUUUAAAGCCAAACGUUUUGGGACAGAAGACAGUGUUUUGCGUUUUUCAAAAACACUCCUUGUCUUCCGUCCCACCUGACCAGAUGUUUACCGUGUCCCAUUCGUGGCUGGUGGCUACCUGCAAACAGGAGUCCUUACGACUUUCUUUCAGCAAUGGCUUUCUUCUUGUCGCUCUUCCAAUAUUCCAAGACUAGAUCUGUGGAGCCCACAACCUAUUGCCCUCCUGUUGACAGGUUGUCCCAUGUGAGAUGUGGAUCUCUCCAGGUCCUCCAGAGUUACCAUCCUCCUCUUGCUUGUUUUUGUGGUUAAUGCUCUCCUUACUCGGCCUAGGUGGACGGAUAUGUAGGUUUUCAGUUGUCUUCCAUUUUCAGAUGAUUGAUUGAACAGAGUUCUGUGUGAUGUUCAGAGCUUAGAAUAUGGUUUUAUGACCUAGCUUUUCUUGAAGCUUGUCAUUUGCUUUAUCCCUGCUCUGUCUGCUUUUCCCUCAUGAUGCUGUUUGUUUAUUAAUGUUCUCUCAAAAAAACUUUGAGGCCUUCACAGAAAAGCUGGAUCAGAAUACGUUCUUCUGUACAGGGACAAGCAGAUCGAUUCAGAAAACCAGCAGCCAUCUUUUAGGAACCGAGUAGAUCUGUUGGACAAACCUAUACAAGAUGGAGACGUGUCUUUGAUCCCGCAGAACGUGACAACUGAUGAUAGAGGAAUGUAUGAAUGUCGAGAACGAUUCUAAAAACUGAACCAAUCAACAUCAUCAACCUGGAUGUUGUUCUUCCUGGGUAUUCCCCGGGGGCCUGAGCACCUUUUAAAGGUUCUGGAAGAGACCAUUAUAAAUUGAAGGGGAGGAGUAAACUGUGUGCAUGUUAGUCUUUAGUGUUAAUGACUUAAGCCUAGGUAGAGACUUGUUUUGGAGAUGUUUAGUAAUAAUGUUUGUUAAAUAAAGUGAUGUUUUAGCUAUGUUGUGUGUAUGUUAGUGUAUAUGUUUGUUUCGCCUGUCAUGGUAGGUCUGUUAAUGGGAGGAGCUAUAAAAGGCUGCCGGUUAACAAACUGACGGUGGCUGUAGCUGUGACCAUGUGUGACUUGUGUAACAGGGUCUUGUACCUGUAUGUCUUCAGUGUUGGUGAAUAAACACCCACUGGGCCAGCACCUUU